AUGCUGGGUAUGGCAUCGAGAUUGAUAAAUGCAUCUAGACCUUUGAUUUGGAUGCAAUACCCAUAACUGCAUUUGUAUACAAAUCUGUUGAGUAUGGGUUUCACUAAGCCUAUCUUGCCUGAUAUUUCAAUAUUGACAAUUAGCACUUUCAGAAGAAAACCUGCCAAACUUAAGAAAGCCAAAAGAAAACAAAGAAGAAAGAAAAUCAAGAGGAUGAAUAAAGCCAAUAGAGAGAGACGUAACUAUUGA